AUGAAGGUCGUUACCUGGAACAUAAAUGGCAUACGGACGUUCAGAAGUGGCAUUAAAAAGGCUCUCGAUUCACUGGACGCGGAUAUUAUCUGUGUUCAAGAGACUAAAGUGACGAGUAAGUCGUGAUGUGAGCGCGGGAACUGGGAUGUUACAUGCUAUGAUUAGGAGUCUGUUAUGAAAUCAAUAACAAAUCAAUAACACAGUGAUUUGUUCCCAACAGGAGACCUGCUGGAGGAAAGAACUGCCAUUGUUGAGGGUUACAACUCCUACUUCAGCUUCAGUAGAGGACGCAGUGGAUAUUCAGGUCCAUUCAGUUGUGUUUACAUUUCAUUUCACUGUAUUCUCUGCUCAUCUUAGAUAUUAGAGGAUGAUAUCACACUUUUCAUGUCCUUGCACCCUUGGCAAACUCCAUCACAAGCUCAUACAAACGUGUCUCCUGUCACUUCUUGCAUGCACAGGGGUCGCCACUUUCUGUAAAGACAGCGCCACUCCAUUUGCUGCUGAAGAGGGUCUCACAGGUUUGCUGACCUCUCAUGAAGGUGCUGUUGGUUGCUAUGGGGACCAGGCUGACUUCUGCAGUGAGGAGCUGCAGCUUUUGGACAAUGAGGGUCGAGCUGUUAUCACACAGCACAACAUCAAGUAAGAGGAAAAAAUGUCUUCUUUCUUGCACGUGUGCUAUUUCCUUCAUGAAGCCCAAUGAAUGUGCUGUAUUUGGUAUCUAAUGCAAAAAAAAUAUAUAUAUAUGGUACUGUUGAUGAAGUUAGGUGCUGUUCUGAGCAUUAUUUGUGGCUAUAGAGUGGCGUUUUGGUUGAGGUUUGUUUAUGGCUCCUCAGAUCCCUGUGUUUUGCUAUCCUGCAGUCGUUACUGAAGUUGGUAUAACUAGAGAAGCAGGCGGUCGGCAACAUUCAUCUCUCGAGGGGGUGUCUAACUUACUGUUGCAGUGUGUUUGACUUUAACUUAAUUUCACACCGAAAUAUCCCUUUAAUAGAAACUGAAAGUAUAGACACUUCCUAAAAGUAGAUUUCUCUGUUUGUGUUUCAACUUGUGCCUCUUCCUGAUUCAUUUUCAGGUUCCAGGACCAAGAGCAAAUAGUUACUGUAAUCAAUGUCUACUGUCCACGAGCCGACCCUGAGAAGCCAGAGCGAAAGCAGUUCAAACUGCAGUUCUACAAGCUUCUCCAGUGUCGAGCUGAAGCUUUACUAAAAGAUGGGAGGUGAGUUAGAGAGGGGUUGUUCUGGUGAGACACAGGUGUUUCCUGCUCUGACCGCAGACAGCGUAACCAUUGAUCUGUUUACAUUAGAGUGGUUUCACUUCAAGCUGGCAGCCUUUUACCAGCUUGUGUAAUGACGUACAAUCCCUUGUAUUCCCCUACACUUUGAUACACGCUCAUUAUAAUAGAGAUCGCACCUGUAUUUGGACAUCACAGUUUGAUUUUAAUUAUGAAUGGAAGGUGCAUCUCUCUCUGUUUGUCCCUCUGCUCUUAAUAAAUGAUGAAUUCACUGUUUUGUUUAUUCUUUUCCUUCUGUUUUUCAGCCAUGUGAUCGUCCUUGGAGACAUAAACACAUCCCACCGGCAAAUAGAUCAUUGCGACCCUAGUGAUAUUGUAAGUAAGAGGUUAAAACUGUUGUUAAAUUACUGCAUGAAAGUUCAGAAUAAUAAAUGUCUACUUGUGGACGUUUCAGAGUGUUUCUAUCCUUAUCAGUAUGUCAAAGUUUCUUACACAGACUUGGGAGAAAACAACUGUUUUAGUAUAAAGUGUCAGGGAUUUUUUAAAGAUGAUUUUGUAUAAAUUCAGAUUUUUAUUUUGGCCACAUGCACACAGUAUACUUGUACUAAUAAUUAUAAAACUUUUCCCACUUUGUUUCUCUCAUCACGCAGGAGGAUUUUAGUGAAAACCCAGGGAGAAAAUGGCUCAACCGCUUUUUGCAUGGUGGAGGACAAAAGGAGGAAGGAAAGGAUGAGGAACCUGAUGAGGAGUCUGAGGUUACUUCAACAGACUCCACCCACAGUGGGAAGUUUGUGGAUACUUUUAGAUAUUUCCACCCAACUCGCACCAACGCCUUCACAUGCUGGUCCACUCUCACCGGAGCGCGGCAGACCAACUACGGCACACGCAUCGAUUACAUAUUCGCCGACCGCCAGCUGGCCAGAGAGCAGUUUGUGGAUGCAGACAUCAUGCCUGAGGUGGAGGGGUCAGACCACUGCCCUGUGUUGGGGAAACUGAGCUGCUCUCUUAUACCCUGCUCCAAACCUCCUCCUCUCUGUACUCGCUACCUGCCGGAGUUUGUCGGCAAGCAGCAAAAACUCUCCCGCUUUCUCGUAAAGGUGGACCAAAAGCCAACUCAGCCUGAGCCGAGGGAGGCAAUACCUGGAUCCCAGGAGGAGGAGGAGAGAAGGGAGAAUUUAAACCCAGCUGGAGCUGGUAAGAAACGGUUAUUAACAUCAGAUGCUGCUGCUCCAAAGGGGAAAAAGGCUAAAACUGUGAAAACUUCUUCAAAACCACAGGGGAGCUUACUGAACUUUUUCAAGCCAAAGCUCUCAAAUGUUUCCUCGUCUGAAAAACCACUCGACCUUGGUGGAGUUACCUCAACACAAAACUCCCAAAAGGCAUCUUUAAAAAGUGAGGAGGUCUCCUCAGUCACAAACACAGAGCCUGAAAGGACUGAACUUGUCCUUGAGGAUUCAGUGAAGCUUUCCACCACAGAGGAAAAUGGCAAACAGGUGAAGAGUAAACAGCCCUCUGAAGGGAACAAAAAAGGGGCAUCAUCAGGGUUUUGGAAGUCGGUGCUUCAUGGACCACCCGCACCCCCUCCCUGCAAGGUCCACGGGGAGCCCUGCGUGCUGCGUACUGUAAAAAAAGAGGGGCCAAACAUGGGCAAGCAGUUCUUUGUGUGCUGCCGUCCUCAGGGUCACGCCUCCAACCCUGAGGCUCGCUGUAAUUUCUUUAUGUGGGUCGAGAAGGGGAAGUGAUGUCUUUACUGUACAGAUCUGUAGUUGAAUCAUCAGUCAAACCUCAAACUGUGUUCUAGGAAUACCUAAAGGAAUCCUCAUUAUUUCACUGAUUAGAUUUGUUUUCUUAUGUACUGAUUAGUUUUAUAAUAAAUGGAAAUAUUUUCUUAAAUCUUGAGUUUGAUUUAUAUUUUCUAAGGAAUUUGGUAAGUCUUUCAGAGGACAUUUAUCAGUGGUGUUUUUGAGGAUCCAUGUCAUUUUUGUGAUGAAGUCUGAAUGAUAAAAGUUGAAUAGUUUCCACAGUAUGGCAUUACCUCAGUGCUCCAAGAUUCACAGUAUCUAGAGCAUGCAAGCUCUGAAAAGAGGCCUUCGUGUCUAACACUUUACCGUCAUCCAACACAAACAUUAAAGUUGCAGAGGUCAGUCUGUUUUUGACCUGAAAAGAAAGGCGAAGCAAGUUUAUUUAUAUAUUGCAUAUUUCAGCCAAAAAAAGCAGAACCAAAGUGCCUAACAUGAGACAUCAAAAGAAUCUGCCAAUGUUAACAGUAAUUUGUAACUGGGAGAAACUCUGUACAUCAUACUGUCAUCAGCGUAAAGUUGAACAUUUUGACAUUCAUCCAGUCAAGCUACUGAAUAUAACAAUGGCCACAUAUCCUCAUGAAGGAGUUAUUACAAUCUUAAAGGUCCAGUGAGGAGAUUUUUGACAUCCAUAAAAAAAAGACUGAAAUUCCUAUUGAUGCCAUUUUAUGGUACACAAAAGCAAACAAAACCAUCAGCAUCAAGAUAGACGAUUUUAUGUGGCAAUUUUUCAUGCUUACCACCAGUGUUAGGGGGUAGGUGUCAGUCAAAAAGCUGAAGAAACAACAGUUUGACUAUUUCCACAUAAGAUAACCACAAAAAUGACAAAUUUGAUUGUCAAAAAUCUAAAGGAAGAGUUUUUUUUUUCCCUGAAAAUGAAAGAAAACUGCUUUGUUGACAGUAAUUGAAAGUUCCUCACAGGAGCUUUAAGUUGAAGCUGCAAGUUUUGAGUAUGUUGAUUAACAGUUUCUGGCAGUAGGAGUGUUAUUAUGAAUAAAUGCAAUUACAACCGUAACUAUUAAGGAAAUGGUUUUUACAAGGAGACAUGUUAAUCUUGUCUGAAAUAUAAAAUUCCUGUUAGGAUUAAGUUUGGAUUAAUCUUUAAAAAGCUUGUAAGAAUUCUGAGGUCAAAGUUAAGGAUAAGACGUUGUUGUGUGAACCACUAGAUGUCAGAAGUGAGCUGGUCUAAACAAAUCAGAGUUUUAAAGCACUGAUGAAAAGUAACUUUACAAACCAACACUUUUUACCUGCUUCACACCAACAGUAUUACUUUGUCAUGUGAUUUACAGCAAAGAGGAGAGUUUAAUACUCAGAAUUAAAGUUUUCCUUCUCAUCUUUUGGGUUACAUUUUUAUUGCCUGUUAAUACAGUAUAAACUUCACCCAGAAACUCAGUCAUAAGUCUGUCAUCAGGCACUGAGGUGAAGAGUGAGAGCUUCCCCUCAUGUAGACUUGGGUUUCAGUAUUUCAUAAUGUUACAGAGCACCACAUGUGGCAGAGGCAGUCUCAAGCAACAGGGAGUGGCUUAAACUUAUGACAUGGCAGGAAACUUCUUAACGCGCGCAAUUACUGCCUCCCUCCCUCCUUCCCCCCGCUUUUCCUCUCUCCCUCUCACUCUUCUCACAGCUGAGGAGAGGCUCCUGGCUCUGGGAUAAGCAGACUUUGGAGGCAAAACAGCCCAGAAGUUUUUAACUUUUGCUGUGAAACUUCUCUCCGGACUGAAGACAUCCCUUUGUUCGGCUGUUACCAGAGAGGUGAGUAGGCUACCACGAGAGGACCUCAUGGUCAGGAGUCUGCAGCUGCCCCGGCAUGUGGGCCACGACACAAUUUCCCAUUCAUACAUGAGGGCAGAUCACUCAGAAACUCUCUCCCCUCUCUGGUGAUGGAUCGUAUCUAUAAAGUUGAAAUGGAGAUGACAGUCUUUCCAGAUGGUUUCUGCUUUAACUUCUCAGCUAAAUACAUGUUUAAGCUCUUGCUGACAGUGAGACAUGCGGGCAGCUCGAAAAGCACAGAGGAGGGCUUUAAAUGACUCACUGAAAUGGGAGAGUUUCUUGGCUCCAUAUCCUGGUAUUAAUGUUCUGUUCCAAGAUAAAACAAAGUGUUUGAUGAAUGGUUUUGCCAAGACAGAAGGGCUCCUUGUGAGCUGUGUUUUGCUGUUAAAUUUCUUGUCAAGUGACUUUUUAAGCUGGAUUGAAACUGGUGAGGUCAAGUGAGGUGGCUGGACGUGCUAUUAUGUUUCAAUUCCUCCUUUAAAUCAACCUUAUCUAUGCUUGCAUUGUAAACUUUCACCAGAGUAGUGCUCCAAACAUCCAGAUACAAGAACCUAAAUAUUAAAAUCUGUUUUUUUAAUGAGGUAAAAAAAAAGGAGCAAACGUUAUGUUAAAAAAAUCCUAAAAGAGUUAUAGAUGUUGGCGUUCAUAGUUGAAUCUUUACAUGACGGAAACACACAUCCCCAGCAACGCUAAAAAGGAUUUGUGUCUGUAUGAGAUAAGGGAAACUUGGGUGUUUCUUGGGUGUGCUGCCAAAACUCCUAUCUCAGCUAAUUUUGACUUUAUCAGCCAACUGAAAUCCACCCGUAGAAGUGGAGGACCAUUCAUUCAUUCAUUCAUCCUCUGUGCCAAAAGUACCAAAUUUGAGCACAUGGUUCACCACUCAGGAAGUUUUCACGCAGCAUCUUUGCGUCAUGAAGCACAUCUAUCUCUUCCUCUCGAUCUGUGUUGCAUGUCUGCUUUAUUCCUCCCAUUACGUGUCAACACAGGUCUUACGGUGGGUUUUGGGUCAAGCACAUGAUGGGUUUGUAAGCAUGCACUGUGUUUCCACUCCUAAGCACAAUCACAUGUAGGCAAUCUUAAAAAAGCACUUAUCUCCUAAGCUAAUUAACAUCACUGUGACUUCCAGCAGGAUGCAAACUGUCACUGAAUAUCCACCCGUGCUGGAACAAAACCCCCUCUCGGAUGACACCCACUCGGUCCCUCCUUUUCCAACUUGCAUAUUCUUUAAUGACAUGGUAAUUGGUCUCCAGCAUGAACACCAGACGCCCUGUUGGUUUUGAGAGUCCCUGGGAUUACCUGUUGCCUUGAACUGCAGACCGAACAGCUCGGCUUCAUUCAUUCCCUUUGUUUGGGCCGCGGUGUCGACACCUUUCGGGAGCAGACACCCGGGGAGAAGAUCCCUCCAGCUGGCCUCUGUGCAACGGUGUGGCUCUACCUGUAUGUGGUUGAACAAAGGGUUAAGUAUGGGUGUUCCCAUUUCCCGCUCACUCCCCCCUCAGACUCUAAUCUCUCACUCACUCUCUCCUCUCCUCACUACCAAGGAGCUUUGGAGAGACUCCUAAGAACAAAGCUAUAUAUAAACAGAGGGAGGAAAAAAAACUGAGGGGACUCGCUCAAGGAUUUAUUUUGCAUUUUUCAGAGAGGAAAACUAGCUUUGUUUUUGGGUCACCGGGGUAAGUUGCUGGGAAAUGUGAGUGUGUAUAUGUGUGUGUCCUUGUGGAGUGGAUGUUGAAGAAGAGAGAGGAAGGGAAGGGAAGGGCUAACUGUCAUAGUGAGCUGCUCUUGCGUCAGACAGGAGCCAUGUGGGCUUUAAUGCUGGAGAGGAAGACGAUAGAAAUGUCUUUGUUUGACUCUUUCUCAUUGACAAAAUUGCUCUAAAUGUGUUUUUUAUGAUUGGUUUAUUGGGGAAAUAGUGGUAAAAAGAGUUUGCAACACUAAGAGCUUCCUUCUUGACCAUCGAAAGUUUCACACAGACUUAGUUUCUAGUUGACCAGGUUUGUCUGGUUUCACCAUCUCCCCCCGCAAAAUCCAAAGCAAGAACUCAAAUGUAAGGUCAGUUUUUUUCAGUGCUCCCUCAUCAGCCAAAACUGUCUCUUUGUGAUGUUAAACGACACUCAGCCUGCACUUUGCUGCUUGUGAGUGUUGGCCGUGAGCCAUGGGAAAGUCGCCGGGUAUGUAGCUAAAGAAAGUAACUCUAACCAGAGUUGACCUGAGGCAAGUAUGCAAGGGGAAGGCUACUCUGUAUUUAGGCUAAACAGCACCAUUUAAACAAGAAGCCUUUGUUUAUCUCUGCGGCACCGCGCUCAGAUCAACCUCCAAAGCUGUUUGGAUUAUUCUGCAUCAACAGGCCUGUUUCUGUGAUGAGCGUAGGAUUUUUGUGUGAAACUCCUCAGGAAUGGCACAUCGGAGUGCGAGUGUGUCCUUAGGGGUCAGAUGUGAAAAUCCUGAGGGCAGUUUGACCCACAGAGAGGGGAAGUAUCCCAUGACCCCAACUGGGCAGGAACAGAGACCUACGCUCAUUCCCAGAGUGUGUUCAUGCCAGCUUUGUUUGGCCCACAGAUUAGAGCAACAUAAGUCCUCUGACAACACUUGUUAUUUUAAGAUGUCCAGCUUUAAAUGGAGCAGCAUCUAUGGCUUAUGCUCUUCCUUCUUCUUCUGUGAUCUUCUACAGUGAACAGACUCGAAAAUAAAAUGGCUGAAGGAUUUAUGCAUCUCCAAAGGAAAAUAGCAACAUGAAACUCUCCGGUUGUCCUUGGCAAUAAGAAAAAUUACAGAGCUGUGCGUCUCCAGACUUUAUAAAUAGUGUUGCCCUUUUGAAGCCACACUGCAUUUCAUGUUUGUAUUACAUUAGUCACUGUGUUUCUUUCUGAUAAAGCGUCCCUGUAUUCGAGUAUCAACGACGAGCGUAUUUACCUUUAAAAGGCCAAGUGUAUCCAAAGUGCCUCAGCAACAUUACUCUGUUUUUAUUUCAUUGUACAGAGCCAACACCCUCUGUCUAUCUUAUAGCAGUAUCACACGAACACAUGUUUUAUUCUUCAGCCUCUCAAAGUGUGAGGUCUUAACUCGGACAAGUUUGAACACGAUAUUAAAAAGGUGAUUCAUUCAGGAGAAAUGGAAAAGAUCUGAGCAUUCAAGAGGUCAACCUGCUGAGGGUUUUCUUCAGAAGCAGAGAAGAGUUGGCAAAACCAUUCUCGAUAUGUAGAUGAUGGACAAAAAUGGAUCAAAAAGUUGAGUUUUUUUGUUGUUGUUGUUGUUGAUUCCAGCCAGGUAAAGCGUGACCAGGAUUCUUCAAGUCAAGUGAAAGCAAAACCUCCAAAGUCUGUAAAAGUCACCAUCCCAGUGAGCAAAAUGGAGCUUCAGAAGAUGAACGGGCACAGCAGAGAUGACGGGUAAGCCUCACAAAUUGAGACUUCCGCUCAAGAAAUUUGACAAACUUCUGCUAUUAAACGAGUUUUCAAAGUGAAUUUAUGUGAUCGUGUAGUUUUCCUUCAGUGUGAUGGUUUUUCUUUGCCGUUCCAGCUUUGAUAACCUUGAAGCCGGGGCUGAACGUGACGAGUUUCUCCCACACAAAACUGGAGUCAAGAAAGAAAUGCACUUCACAGAUGUGAGUGCUCACGUCAGACACUAUCACAGUCACAUUGAUAAGCUGAAACAGAGGAAUAUAAACGAUUAUUGAUGUCGUCUGUGUAACCUCCUCUCCUCUCUGCAGUUUGAGGGAAAGACUUCAUUCGGCAUGUCCAUCUUUAACCUCAGCAACGCCAUAAUGGGCAGUGGGAUUCUGGGAUUGGCUUACGCAAUGUCCAACACUGGAAUUAUUCUUUUUAUGUGAGUAUUGGAGCCAAACACACAGGCUUCUCUGCGGAUUAAAAAAACUUUGUGAAGUUUGUGUAUGUGUUUGUUUUUUCAGCCAUGUUCGCUCGUCACAGCUUCAAGAUUGUCUCUUCCUAAGUAAAGAGGAAAGACAUAUAUUGAUUUAAGCUUGUGACUUAUUUGUAUUUAGUUGGGCAGGAUACGCAAUUUUCCAUGUUACAAGAAUAGAGCAGAGCUGUUUAUUGUGAGUCUGGGUGAGUUUAUGAGCUGUAGACCAACAGCGUGAGGAUUUUUGUAAAAUGAAGUCAUUUUUUACUGGCUGUGCUUUUAUUUCUACGUGUUUUUUUCUUGAUAACUAACACAUUUGUAUUUCUGUGACACCUCUAACAAAGCCUCUCUAUUUUUGUGUGUGUUUGUGAAUUUUACGCCUUUUUUUUGGUCUUAAAAUUGAUGCUGCUGGUAUUUCCCUCUCUUUUAAAAGUGCUAAAUUGGUUCUAAUUUGAUAUUAUUUUGGUUAAAGGUUAGCGUCAGAUUCAAGAUUAAGUCCAUACAGGCUGAGAGAGUUAAUAGGAGAUCCAUGUAAGGAUAGAAGUACAGCUUAUGUAUCAUCUGACUGUGUGUAUUUGUGUUUGAGCCGGUAUGUGUACCAGCAGGGGGAGGGGCUCCCUGCUUUGUGUUUGGUAUACGUGUGUUUUUGUCUGUCUCCACCUGUGUGAGUCAUAGGUGUAGCUCUGUUUUUACGCUCAGCUCCUACCACGCACAGCCUGAUCUGCGAGAGUAUACAUUAGAGCUCACACACACACGCAGCUUCGCUAAAUCAGAUUUGAGUGGAUAAAAAUAGCCCAUAGUGAUCAGAUCCAAGACACGCCUGCCCUGGAUCAGUCCAGUGCUAUGUGGCGGGGGGAGAAAGGGGUGGAGGGGGGAUGGAGAGCCAGUCUCUUAGUCAUGUGGGUGGAGGAAAAAUACAACAAACCCGAGAAACGGUGGUUAACAUGUUUAAUUUCUGCAAAGUAGCUUCUGUUUCCUCUAUUUUUCUUGACGUCUUCACACAGCGAGGGAGAAAAGUCUCAGAAAACUUCAGAGGAGGUCUUUUGAUUUUGUUGAAAAGACCCAAACUGUGAGGCUAAAACAUUUGAACACUGGAACCACUCCUUUUCCCAACAACCAGAAAUCCCCAACCUAAUCAAAACCUUUCACAGGAGCAACACCACAACAACAGAAUAAACAAAGAACAGGAACUGAUGCGCAAUAAUACUGAACGUUCAAUACAAAUCUGAUAUUUACUUUCUGUGCCAGUGCAAACAUGCCCAAUAGCUCUCCACUACUUCUGACUGGUUCAAUAAACCUCUUGACAAAUGAUAAGGUUUUUAUGGUGAGUUUAUGGCACCAUUCAAUCUCAGGAUAUUUUCAGAGUUGGGAUUUCGGAAAAGUUAGAAAUUUAAAGCUUCCGUUGGUCAUCCAGCUGGAAAAGGGGUGGGUGGUCACCUGACAGUCAUUCACAGCUGGGUCACCUGAGAGUUGUUAAUGGGGUUGUUGGCCUGGUUUCACCUGGGGGGGUGUCCUCCUGGGUUUCUUCAGGUUUGCCAUACUUGCAUGAUAUUGGAGCCUGUGAUCCAGCUCAAGGAACGUUUUGAUUCUUGUUGAAGGUCAUCCAAAGCUGAAUUGUAAUUUGGGGAUAAGAAGUGCUUUAGACCGCCACGUCUGUCCAAUGAUGGGUUCUCCAUUUUGACAAAGAUGGACUCCUUGACCUCUUUCAAACCAGCGGUCUUCCCUGGCUCGUAUCUUUACAUUGCUGUCCUCAAAGGAAUGUCCUGAACCUUGAAGUGUAGGUGAACAGCUGAGUCCUGACCAGAAGAGUUGGCUCUCGAAUACUGGGCCAUGCAUGAAUGUAAUGGCUGUUUUGUUUCCCCGAUGGAAGAUGUUUGGGUCUGGGGGUUUUGUCCUUGGAGUGGACCAGCCUCUGUGCUACAGUGUUUGUGGGUUUGGAGUACUAGGAUGUUGUGUUUCUGGAAGAUCCUUCUGAGUUUCUCGGAUACUCCAGACAAGUAGGGAAUAACAAUGCUGUGCUGCUUGUUGCUCUCAUCUUCCCUGUUGGUCUUCAGUUUCUUAAAAGACUUGAUAAAGGCGCAUUUGGGGUACCCACAUGUUUUCAGGGCUUCCCUGAGGUGUUGUUGUUCCUUCUUCUUGCCUUCCAUCUGAGUCGGUAUCUUCUCAGCCUUGAACUAAAGAAGUCCCGACACUCAAACAAGUCAAGUUGCCCUUUUGACGAAGACUUGGAUAACCAUGAUGUGAAUGAAUGAGAAUCUGCACAGUCAUCAUCCAGAGAAUGAGCUUCAUGGUUUUUACUUGCAAGAUAAAAGGGUCAUCUGACACUGGCAUUAGUGUUGGAGUCAAAUUCCCAAAAUUAGUUAUAUUACAUGAAAGAGAUUUCCCUAUCUGCAGCUGUUGAUGGCCUAGUUUCUGAUCUGGUUCUCCAUGAGGGGCAAAACAUGUGAAUUAUUAUUAUUAUUAAGAAGUAAACUCGACAGUUAAAGUCCCUAAAUUUUUUUCAGGAUUUUUUACACGGAUCUAAUUCUCUUUCUUGUGUUCCAGAAUCCUGUUGGUCUCCAUCGCCAUCCUCUCUGCAUAUUCGAUCCAUCUCCUGCUCAGAAGCGCUGGAGUGGUCGGUAAGUCACAUACAGCCACAGAGUCAACUCUGCAUUCAAAAAUGUUCUCCCCUGAAUAUAUGAAUAAAAGACUGAGUCACCUCGACAGUACAUCCUUGUUCACGACAAGCCUUGACGCCAUGUUGGGUACUUUGACGGUCGCCUUGUUGGUUUUUUUUGCAGCCAGAAGCAGCAAUAUUUGGAGACAGCAGGGCACUAGCGACUAGCAGUGGGGAGGCGUAUGCUGAAAAAUCACAGUUACUUUCUUUUGACAGGGUUAGUUUAUUUAUGAGACAAAAACUAAAGGCUAACAGAAGUUGCUGAAACAUGAUCAUUUCGUGGUAAAACUUGGCUAUGAAACAUCGAGAGUUAUGAGGACUGACGCCCUUCAUGGUCAAGUCUCAAGAGGCCACUCAAUCGACUGAAUUUCUGCCACUCUUGUUUUUACUGACUGUUUUUCUGUUUGAGAUGCACAAGCAUAAUGUAUUUGUUUUUUUCCAGGCAUCAGAGCCUAUGAGCAGCUUGGAAACCGGGCUUUUGGUCACCCCGGGAAAAUGCUGGCAGCAUGCAUCAUCACAGUGCACAAUGUUGGAGGUACUGUUUGCUAUUUCCCAUCUUUAAUUCAUCUGCAAGUGAAAGCAUGUGCGUUUAAUCCGAUUAGAUUAGACAUGCAAUAAAUAAGACUGCUUCCAUUUCCCACUAGCCAUGUCCAGCUACCUCUUCAUCGUCAAGUCCGAGCUCCCGCUGGUUAUCCAAGCCUUCCUCAGCAAACAUGAAAACACAGGGUGAGUGUCACAACAACACUCCCUCUGCACUAUUUUCUCAUCUCUACUUGAGUAGAUUUUCAUUUUACACCUAGCGGUAUCAGUUUUUAGUUUGACGUUGUAUUGAUUUUUCUUCAUCUGUUGGUCCUGCUGUCUCUUAGAGAGUGGUUCUUGAAUGGAAACUACUUGAUCAUCAUUGUUAGUGCUUGCAUCAUCCUCCCUCUAGCACUCAUGAAACAACUUGGUAUGUUUUUCAUUCUGUCAUCACACUUUGAUUUGAACUUCGUCCUCAUACUUUCCCAUGCACAUAUUUUUUCCAUGACCCUUUUCUUUUUUUUUUUUUUUAACUCUGAAAUGUGAGAACCUUUUCUCCUAAAUUGAGGUCAGUUUGCAUGUUUUAUCCUCCUUGUUCUGCAGGAUAUCUGGGCUAUACAAGUGGCUUCUCCCUGUCCUGUAUGGUGUUUUUCCUGAUCUCGGUGAGUUAAAAUAGGCGUGCCACCAAACCAAUCUUCCCUCCAUUUAACAUGAGCAUGAAUUGACAAAAGGUUGUCGUUCCAGGUGAUCUACAAGAAAUUCAACAUCCCUUGUCCACUCGACGAUGAACACGGAAACCUAACUGAGUUUAUUGACAAUCACAUUGUCAGCAACGUGACGGACGACUCCUGUGAAGCCAAACUUAUUACAAUCAACCCACAGGUGAGAGAAAAGAGCAUCACAUGCUUCUAUUUUCUGUAUAUUUACUUCUUGGUUAGCCCAGCAGCUUCAUGUUCAGCACUGGAGCGUUGUGUCAACAGCAUUAAGGCGUCUGUUAUGUCAACAGCAGUGUGGGGUUUAAAACAAGCUUUUUAUUGUGCCACCUUGCCGGACUUUGUGAGUGACUUGUUACCCUUUCUUGUGUUUGACUUUUAGACAGCGUACACCAUCCCCAUUCUGGCUUUUGCUUUUGUCUGCCACCCCGAGGUGCUGCCGAUCUACACGGAGCUGCGAGAGUAAGUCCAAACCAUUAUCCAGUCCCCAAAGUUCGAGGGGGGAACAUUUCUGUUUAAUUUACUGUGAUUUUCUGCUUUCAUUUCCUCCAGUGCCACUAAGAAGCGUAUGCAGAAAGUCGCCAACUUCUCCAUCCUGGCCAUGUUUGUCAUGUACCUGCUAACUGCCCUUUUCGGUUACCUCACAUUUUUUGGUAAGAGACCCUGUCCUCCUGAGAGUCAAAGAUCAGCCUGUUCUGAUGCUGUGAAUGGAAAGAUUUUCACAUGAAUGACUCACUUGUACCCAGAGCUCAUGUGCAUUUUCCAGUGUUGUGAAUGAGGGAUUAGUCCACGUGAGAAUCAAUCUGCGUGUGUGUGUGUGUGCUCCUCUGUGCGUAGGUUCUGUGGAGUCUGAGCUGUUGCACACCUACAACCGAGCAGGUCCCCUGGAUGUCCUGGUUCUCUGUGUCCGUCUGGCUGUGCUGGUGGCUGUAACACUGACUGUUCCUGUUGUUUUAUUCCCGGUAAGACAUCGAAUUAUGUUUAUUUUUUAAAACCAGAAUUUUAUGACCUCCUUAAACUUGUUUCUUCAAAAUACUUUUGAAUCACAAAUGUAGAUUCAAGCCAAUUUGAUGAAGAAAAAGGACAAACAGCCGAAAUUACUACAUGACCAAUAAGUUAAUCAGCUAUUUUGGUCAGUUAUUAGUUUAUAUUUCCAUUUCCUUUAAAACCAAAAUGUUUCAACAUCUUGAAUAUCUACAUUUCUAUUUUUUUGGGCUGGCUGUGAUGUUAAAAUGAAGAGGACUGUGUAAAAAAGGGAUCUGAUUCUUAUAAAUGAAAAACAUCAUGACUUGAUCAGGAAUAUGGAACUUGCAGUUUCAUAUAUAAAGACAUAAAAAGGCUGUCUAAAUUAAUAAUGCAUUUUGCAUACUGGCUUGUAUUAUACAUCCUUCAACCUAGACAACUACACACUAGAUACUCGAGUUAUUUUUUAUGAAGAAAAACAAAAGCAAUAUUGAUAAAGUACUGCUUCUAGUGGUUAAAAGGGAUGAUGACCAAUGCAUGAGGACCCAGGAUGGAGCCCUGGGGAACUCCUCAUGCAUUGUCAGUUCUUUUCUAUGUGGCAUUUCCUCUUUAAAACAAAAAUUCCUGGUAUGAAAGUCAAAGGAGUGAUCGGACUCAAACAAGCCAUUGUAAUGUGAGGUCAAUGUGAAGUUUCCUACAUAAGAGAAGCUUAAAUCAUGUUUAUAAUUAAGCUCACAGUACUUAAAAUGUUUGUUUGUUUUUAAUUGAAGCCUUUCUUUAAAUUAAACCUCUUAGUUUUAUUUUACUGUACCCACAAUGUUUUAUAUUCAAAGUAUAAAGUAUUUGAUAGUUUUAUUUUAAUACUUGAUCCCUUACCUCCCUAAAAAAAAAGAGCUUUUUUGUCUUACAUACCACAUACAUCUGUACUGUGUCGUGCAGUAAACAGAGAUGCACUCUGCUGGUUGUUUACAAUAUAAAAUGCAGAUCUGAAGCACUUCCUUAUUUGGUUUGCUUAUAACGUUGUCCACUUCUUUGAAUCAGUCUUGGAAACUCCUAUUAAACACGACUUCACCUGAUAGUUCCUCAAGUGACUCUACAUUCAGUUCUCACUUAAUCUUGUCUGUUUAGAGUUUUUGUUUGUCAUUCCUGUUGGCUGAUGUCCAGCAGAUACAGAAGAGUCUAAUACUCCUCCUACUUUGCUCUUUGCAGAUCCGCAGGGCCCUUCUUCAGAUCUUCUUCCCUGACAAACCAUUCCACUGGGCCAUUCACAUCGGCAUCGCAUUUAGUCUUCUCUUUGUGGUCAAUCUACUCGUCAUCUUUGUGCCAUCCAUCCGAGACAUCUUUGGCAUCAUCGGUAUGUUGACCCAUCAUUCUGGUCUAGCGUAAAUGGACUCUACCCAUUGUGGCAUUUUAUCAACUACGUGAUCUGUUGAAGGAAUGAAACUCAGCUUCUUCUUGCUGAUCUCCUCUCAUUUCUAGGAGCAACAUCCGCCCCCAGCCUCAUCUUCAUCCUACCGGGGAUCUUCUACAUCCGGAUUGUUCCUGACGAACAGGAACCGUUACUGUCAAGACCAAAGCUUCAGGUAGAAGCAGAACCUUCAGCUAUCAGGAUAUUAUCUUUGUGCAUUUUUUUGGUUGAUACUGAUGAUGUUUUUCCUUCCUUUCGCUCUUGUAGGCUGCUGGCUUUGCUGCAAUGGGAUUCGUCUUCAUGGUCAUGAGUUUGUCAUUUAUCAUCAUCGACUGGGUGAACGGAGAGUCAAGAAGCGGAGGCGCUCACUAGCAGCAGAGACUGAUCGGACAUACUAUGAACAGAAUGCCAACCAAAGCUCCCUCCCUGUCUUUUAACAAACCCCUGAUCUGCUGAGAUCUCAUUCGAAGCCAAACGGGAAGGUCUGGCUGCACAACAUGAAGGACACGUAGUGAACCCUUCAUCUAGAACAAUUUAAAAAAAAAAGUAUUUCAACAUGUGACAGGGCAGAAAAAAAGGCCCUGUAAUGGAGGAGAGAACACAGAAACAGUGUUUUCUGACUGAAUAAAACCCAUGUAAUGGCUCACAGUGAGGUUCUUGUUUGGAGGCAUGUGUAGAGAUGUUAAAAGCAUGAAUGGGAACAGCAUGACUCAAAUGGAAAUCCCAUUUUAGAGUAUGGAUGGGUACAGUUCCCUGGAAUAGUUCAGUCACUGCCAAAUCUUUUGAUCUACUUCCCUACAUUUCAGAUUUACAGGGCAGAAAUUACAAAGCAUCACAACGCAAAUUUAGUGAAUGAUUUUUACCACAAAAACACCUCUGAUGCUUCUCCACUCCACCUUUUAGACUCUCAAAUCUGCUGGUAGAGUCUCAUCAACACUUUCCCGACAUUUAAACAGCAGGAAUUAGUCAGCAGUUUCACUCUGACCAUUCCAAACCACAACUCCCAAUCACUUUCACGCAGUUAAAUUAUAAUGUGAUCUUCUUUGUUAUUCUAUUAAUUUAAUCUAAGAUUAUAUUCCUUCAAUAUGAGUCUGUUGUGACCUUACUUUGUGAAUAAUCCCAACAGAGAUGGUGCAAUUUGUGGUGUUCAGCUGCUAACCAUGGAGGUCAUACAGAGUUACUGACAAUCAAAUGUGAGUGAACAGACAAUAAAAGUUGUUUGUGCAAUUUUUAAGUUAUUCCUUAAAACCAAACUAGCGGCAAACCAAAGAAGUUAACUUGUACAUACACAAUUUUGUAUGUGUGCAGCAGAGACCUGUUAAAAAUUGUACAUAAAAAAAAUGCAGUGUUAAAAAUGAUGUCUGUUUUAGCAGUCCUUGAAACUCAGUGUGAAGAAUACUGACCUAUGGUGUUUAAGUUAAAUGAAUGGAGCCUGUUUUUGUCUUGAAAUUUGACUCAAAUAUUUUGAUUUUGUUAUUCAUCCUGUACAUUUUUAAAUUAAUUUGAAUGUUUUCUGUCAAUAAAAUGUGUCGUUCAUUUGUAAA